GCUCCCUCUGACAGUGUGUCACGACCUUGACGCCUCCUAGCGCCGAUAAAAACAGGCUCGGGAGGGGAGGGGAGUGGAGAGCCGGAUUUGCGGCUGUAGUCACAAGGAAGGGUGCUCGCCUCUUGGCUUACCCCGUCUAUACGUUCCCCGGUCCUGUCCUGGAGACCAGCUUCAACUCCACUAUGUUGUUUUGGCAUUCACAGCCCGAACAUUUCCCCCAUCACCAGCAGCCACAGCCGGGAAGCAGUUACCUCCGUGAUGUCCUGACAUUUCCAGUUUUAAAACAUGAGGAAUCAAAUCUGUGUCCAGGAAAUGGUGCUAAAUUACUUCCAUUCCAGUACGUGCUCUGUGCAGCCACAUCUCCUGCUGUCAAACUCCAUGAAGAAACACUGACUUACCUCAACCAAGGUCAGUCUUAUGAAAUUCGUAUGUUUGACAACAGAAAACCUAGAGAUUGUCAACUGUUUCCUGGCAAAUAUAUAAAGAGCAUUAUCCGUGUGGUUUUCCAUGAUCGUCGCUUGCAGUAUACGGAGCACCAGCAGCUGGAGGGCUGGAGAUGGAGUCGUCCAGGAGACCGCAUUCUAGAUAUAGACAUACCUCUGUCAGUUGGUAUUGUGGAUCCUCGAGCAAAUCCGACACAACUAAACACUAUUGAAUUUCUUUGGGAUCCUGCCAAAAGGACUUCUGUGUUUGUUCAGGUUCACUGUAUCAGUACGGAGUUCACUCCCAGGAAGCAUGGUGGAGAGAAGGGAGUUCCAUUCCGCAUUCAGAUUGACACGUUUAAACAAAAUGAGAGUGGGGACUAUACCGAACACUUGCAUUCUGCAAGUUGCCAGAUCAAAGUGUUCAAGCCGAAGGGAGCAGAUCGAAAACAGAAAACCGACCGUGAAAAGAUAGAAAAGCGAACAGUGAAAGAAAGAGAAAAAUACCAACAUUCAUACGACACAACAAUCCUCACUGAGUGCUCUCCUUGGCCUGAUGUCUCAUACGUUAGUAGCACUCCCUCCAUAGGUUACCACAGCUUGCCUGUCAGCGAUAGUGUCAGUGAAGGAAAUUGGACAGCAACAAGCCCAGAGGAGCCACUGUCUCUGAGCAUUGAUUACCUGUUGCCGACAGCCUUGAGCCAGGAGGUACAGCAGUGGCUGCACAGAAAUCGCUUCUCAGCAUUCUGCCAAUUAUUUUUCAAUUUUUCAGGUGCAGACUUGUUGAAAAUGUCUAAAGAAGAUUUGAUCCAGAUUUGUGGUCCAGCAGAUGGAAUCAGACUUUUUAAUGCAAUUAAAGGAAGAAAUGUGUAUCCAAAACUGACUAUCUACAUGUGUCAGGAGCCUGAAAAUAAUCGCGAUAAUCAUCAACAAAAACAAGACACUAUUGGGGGAAUAAGCCCUUCAUGCGUAUACCAUGCAAUCUUUUUGGAAGAGCUGACAGCGAUAGAAUUAACUGAGAAAAUAGCAAAUCUGUACAGCAUUUCUCCGCAGCAGAUUAACCAGAUCUACAGACAGGGACCCUGUGGGAUCCACGUGCUUGUCAGUGAUGAGAUGGUUAAGAACUUCCGUGAUGAGACUUGCUUUGUCAUCUGCAUCUUGAAAGCUGAGAGAAAUGAUGGGUACAACAUCAUCUUAAAAUGACAAAAGCUGCACCUGAUUCCCCAACAUUAGGAGGAAGAUUUGAGUGCUUCCAUAUUGUUUGAAUGUUGCCAUCGUUGUCAAACAUGAGCAUCUGAUCAUCAGGCAAAAGAUGAAUCGUCCAUGCAGUUGAAACUGAAUUUUUCUAAUGGCUUUGAGAAAACAGAGUUUCUUUUUCUUUUUCAGAGUGAAUACUAUAUUUGGGAAAGGGUGGAAAAAGGGGGAUGAUGAUGUAAUCCUUUUGUUUUUGACAUUAUUUUGCCCAGUUCCCCAAUAUGGGGUGCUAUGCUUUAUUUAAGGCAAGCUGACAAAAUGUUUUGCUUUAUUCUGCACAAAAUAUGGUGCACAAUUUUGCUUUUGAUUCUUGGUUAUUUCCUAAUAAGUGGAGUGACCUAAAAAUCAUGUUUUCCUCCUCUUAGUUGCUUAAUACUUAUUCAUGAUGGAAGCCAGCUGCAGCUUUUAGGCAGAUUAAAAAUUGACAAAAUCAUUCCAAAAGCUAAGAGCUAAAUUGCCAUAAAGUUUCCCAUUAUCAGUGAAAUGUAGUUUGGCUUAUCCAGUGACUUUGAUAAUGAACUGGUUUGUUAGCAUUUGUAGUUUCAUUAUUAAAGGAUUGCAAUUAUAAAAAAGUUGUUUCCUGGGGAGUAAACAUUGGAAUUAAUUUGUCACACUCAUGGUCCUUAGUCUUGAAAUGCUUAUGUUCUACGAUGUCCAGACUUUGUCCUGAUUUAAGGACCCAAACUAAGGUUUGAGUUGUCCAAAGUUUUCUUACACAGGUCAUACCUAUCUGUUCCGAGUCAUCCUCGUGAAGAUAUUUGUGAAUGUGCUGUGACUCUUUACCGGGACUGGUGCUCUUAAUUUUCUAAUUUGAAGCUAUGAUCACAGUCAAGUACUGACAAUCCAUUUCCUUUACUUGGUGCUACAGUGGGAAGGAGGUGGAGAGGGUAAGAGGGAUGGCCAGGCAACUAACCUUCUAGGAUGGAUGAAGAAUUUUAUUAUUUUCCUUUAUUAAUCAGACCAUUCCACAUUCAAGAGCAUUCUCAGGCUUUAUUAGAUAAAAGAAAUCAUUAAAGAAAAAGAAUGAACAAACAUAGAUUAUAUUUUAAGGUUGGGGAGAAAGCAGUGAUAUCUCAAAAGCUGAAGAGUUAUGAUCAUAUGUUUUUAGUUGUUCAUGGGAAAAGAGCUUUGCCCUUAACUAAUCCAAGAAAUUGAUGAUGAGUCAUCUUGAACUGCUAUAGUCCUUAUGGUGGAGCUACACUAUGUGCUAAUAGAAGAGGAGCAGCCAAGUAAAUUAACCUGUUUUUUGCAUUCUGACAUAUUUUCUGUUCAAUGUUUGAUGCUAGUUUCACAUUGGAUUCUUUUGAAUUUGGAAAAACUGAUGCGUGAAGUUAUUCAUUAUUCAAAGACAAGGGCAUUAAUGACGACCUAGAGCUUGCUGUAUGUCACAGGCAUUCUCUCUCAAUGGGAUUUUUCAAUUAACAGUGUGUACUUAAUUGAAAUUUACUUACAAAAUGGUUGGUUCCAAAUUGUUAAUGUUUACACAACUGCUGCUCAAUUGGUAAAUCACCCGGGGGGAAUAGACCUGAUAUAAGUUUGCAACAUUUUCAGCCCCUUUUCUUUUGCUGGAAAUUCUGCUGCAGUUGUUGAGAUAUAUUAAACUGAGUUCAAUUACUUACCUUUACACAUUGCCAUAUGCAGAGGAACCCCACCCUCUCCAACCUUUCCAUUGUCUCUGCUUCAUGUAGCAUCUGAACUGAUAGGCCAGCAAUAAGUGAUUUGCUGGCAAGUUUAGUCCUCGCUUGUGGUGGGUGGGUAAGACUGUUCUAAUAUCUUGGCUGCAUUGAGCAACUUGAGGUGUGGAAAAUUAGAAGAUAGGGAAAGUGGGGGAGGAACGAGAGGAAUAAUCUAGUUGGUCGUACCAAGACAUUUUGUUUUUGAAAUAGAACUGACGAAUUGAACCAGAGGGCUGGUUUCUACCAGAUAGUGCUACUCUCUGGUGUAGGCAGUGGUUAGUACUGCUGCCUCACAACUCCAGGUUUGAUUCCAGCCUUGGGUGACUGUGCGUGUGGAGUUUGCAUGCUCUCCCCGUGUUUGCAUGGGUUUCCUUCUGCAAUUCAAAGAUGUGCAGAUAAGGUGGAUUAGCCAUGCUAAAUCAUCUGUUGUGUCCAGGGAUGUGUAGGUUAAGGGGAUUAGCCACAGGAAACGCAGGGUUAGGGGGAUGGUUUGGAGGUGGGUGGGAUGCUCCUUAGAAGUUGGGUGCAGACAUGACGGGCCAGAUGGCCUCUUUCUGCACUGUCGGGAUUCUGUGAUCUAUAUUAGUUCUGAUACUAGCCCUCAGGUGGGAGACAUUGAAUUUCUGAAGUUUAACUGAUAGGUCAGAAACUAAGUGAACCCACAUAUCAGGAUUCAAAUUAUCUGAAUUUCCAUGAAACCAAAAGUUUCUAAUGAAUCAUGAGCCAUCAGAUUGGCAUACAAAUUUCUUUGUUUCAUGAUUUUAGGGCACAGUUUUCCCAUGAUUCAGGGCAAUUGUGGGAAAUAAUUGAGCAACUUAGCUCUAGAGAGUUACUCACCCUUUUCUCAGCACCUCAGUGAUUAAAUGGCAGCUGAGAAGGCCCAGUGGGGACUUUCUUGAUCUAUCAGUUGUUAAAGCUUUUAAAUGGUCAAUUAAGGCCUGUGUAAGGCCCUCAAUUCCUCACCUCCUGAUUACCUACCUUUCCAGCAUGUGCUGAUUUUCUGAGAUAACACGGUGUGGAGCUGGAUGAACUCAGCAGGCCAAGCAGCAUCAGAGGAGCAGGAAAAUUGACAUUUCGGGUCAAGACCCUUUUUCAGAAGAAGGCUUUCGAUCCAAGAUGCCAACUUUCCUGCUGCUCUGAUGCUGCUUGGCCUGUUGUGUUCAUCCAGCUUCACACCGUGUUAUCUCAGAUUCUCCUGCAUCGGGCGUUCCUACUAUCUGUGUUGAUUUGCUGUCUGGAAACCUGCUCGUGUGGUUUGGGGUCUCCAUUUGCCCGAAUCUGGGUGCUUUUGGAAGCACCAGUGCAGGGUGGUGCUAGAGAGUGGUGUCUGAAAACCACAGUCCUGCCCUUGCCUCUGGCAAACGCCUCUCAAUAGGCCCUACCCCAUGAGAAGCAAAAGAAAAUGAUUUGCCUUCCUGAAUUUGGGUCCCUGAAAUGUAGGCCUCAGCCAGUGUUCUGAUUGACCGGGACACGGAUGCUGUGGCCUGUGAUAAGCUGAGAAGCUCGCCUAAGCUUGUCAGUCUGCUCGUAAGUGGAUUGACGUACAAUCAGGCAAACUUUCUCAGCAUUUGAACUGAUGGGUUAGUGAAUAUCUAACGUGGCCUUGCCCACGCUUAGCCUGAAAAGGGGAAAGUUGUGGCAUUAAUUUCUAAUGAUGACUUUGCAGGAUUACCCCCAUUUACUCUACUUUACUAAGUAUAGUGUUGAAACUUGCUGGUUGAAGGGUUAGGUUUGACAGACAUGGCCGGAAUGUUGUGUUUGAUAAUGAAUGUUGACCCAAUCUUUUCAAACAUCUAUCAUGCAGGCAACCAACAAUGCCUCGGGUGUGGGAAACACCUCUUGUAAUGUAGUCAGUCCCUUCACGAGGGUGCUGUGGCUACCUGCAGUGGCAGGGAAAUUCUAAUGUACCCAGCCAUGGACAAUGUGGCUAGAUAGAAUACAUAUCAUAAAUUUGGUUCCGAAAAGCCGACCCAAGUUUAGAUUUAGUGAAAGGCAUUGAGUUUUCAAAUCCUCACGUGACAAUAAAUUACAUGCAGUUCUGUAGCAAAUUGCCUAUUUAUAGAAAAUCUGUAGGAUUUACUUCAUCGAUCUGCUUUUCUGUUGAGCAAUGAACAUGCAUUGUCAUUAACUCUGCAUUUUAGAAUACUGCCUCACAGUAGUUGAGGGCAUAGCCCAUGUACUGAAUGAAUUUAAUGCAGUGAUGUCUCAGGCAAAUUUCCAGCUUGUUGUCUCUUAAUGUGUUUUGUUUUUAAACAAAAAAUGCAGCAAGUCCUGUGCAGAUGUGGCAGCACUGAGAGAGAAAUGUACUUUAACAGAUUAUGUCAGUGGGUGGGACAGGAAGGUGUGUGAUACAGUGGAAGAUAGGGGAGAUUAAGUGGUGGAAGAAUUAGUUUUACAGGGCCAAAGGGAAUGCUGACGAGGCACAGAACAGAACAAAAGAUUUCGUCCCGAGAGCAGGUGUGCUGCUUCCUGAAAGCAAAAAUAAGAAGAAAAAAUAGAUUCACGAAAGAAAAGGAAAAUGGGGCCUGAGAUCUUAGUUUGAAGCUCUUAAACUCAAGUGUUGAGUCUGAUAAGUUGUGAAAUGCUUAUUGGAUGACCCAGAAUCGUCCUUUGAUAUACCUCUGUCAUAGGGCUCUUGUUAUGCAGUGAUAGCAUCCUUACCUCUAGGCCAGGAGACCCUCUAGCAGAAUCGAGGCUGGUUCCACCUGUCCUACUGCUAGAAAGGUUGAUUAGGAAGUGUCUGGACUUUUGUCUCUGCCUUUGUCCUUGACCCAUCCAUCAAUUGUUCAAAACCUAUUCUGCAUCCAUCCCUUCCCAGGGCAUUGAUCUGAAACAUUUCCUGUUGUUUUUAUUCAGAUUUCCAGCAUCCACAGUAUUUAGCAUUUUGAUUGUUUUUUUUGAGUUAGUUUUGUGCUUUCUUUAAACUCUGAAGUACUAUUUUAUGUGCCUUUGAAAUGUUUUUUGUACUCCUACCAAUUAUGUGUAGCUAAUGGUAUAUUGUCUUAGAGUUGGACAAGAUUGGCACAGUUAAUUUUUUUCAACCAGCUCUCUGGGUUUUCUCUUACACUUUUGCAGUUGAUGGGUGAAUAUGCACUUUGCUAUCUAAACUUGGCAGGAUUGUGGAGAUAACGCUGGGGGAGGUUGGUUGGAAAGUAUUGAAUGUCAUUACUUUUUUUAAUGUAGAGGCAUGUUUUGCACUGGCUUCUGUACACUUCAGCUCAGAAAUGGAAUGUAUUCUGUACCUGCAGCCUUGUACACUGGCCAACUUAAUAAAUCUACCUUUUAUAACAACA